AACAGUCAGUAGAUGGACUAUCGACUUGUGAGUUGUGUUUGUGCGACCGGUUCUGCUUUAACAUCUUUGUUUCCGCAAAGCAUCAUCGAACUCAACACAUCUUUAUUCGCAGUGAAAAUCCGAGAGGCCGAUUCAGCAAUCAGUCAGUACGUUUCCUGGGGCUUGUCUUCGGACUAGCAAGACCAGGUUUAGAACGUACAAUCAUGUCUCUGUGGGAGAAAGCUCAGCGCUUACCUCCGCACGCACUUCAACAGGUACGCAACAUCUACGGCGAUCACUUCCCAAUUGAAGUGCGGCACUUCUUAUCAACAUGGCUCGAAGAAAAAAUGUGGAGUAACAUAGAUGCUGAAAAUCCACAAUAUGAACAAUUCAUUGCUAAUUUGGUGGGCUCCUUCAUUCAAGAACUUGAAUCGAAGGCUGCAUCACUGCACACAAGUGAUCUCUUUCCUACAAAGAUGAAGCUUUCAGAAGCAGCAGGAACUUUUCGCCAAAGAUAUAGUCAGAAUCCGAUAUCAUUGUUCAAAAUAAUCAGGCAUUGCCUGUUGACAGAAAUGAAAUUGGUAGCGCAAGUUGACGAUUUGGGAGGCACCAUGAUGAUGAACAUUGUAGGCGACCCAAUGAUGGUUGGCGAUGCCGCCACCGAAAUUGCCCAACAAGUCGAUUCCCUCCGUCGAAGAACGCACGAAAGUGGCGAGGAUCUUCGCAAAAUGGAACAAGAAUUGGAAGCGUUUGCUCUCAGUUAUCACGAAUGCACAAAGAUAAAUGCAACUCUCCAGCACUUAUCGACACAACCUCAGAGCCAGCAGAAUCUUGAAUACGAGAAGAAAAUUACUAGGCAAAAGGAACAGCAAGAACAAUUACUAAAUCACAAAGUAGCAACGAUGCUGCAGCUGCGUUUAAAUAUAGCCGACAAAUUAAAAGAUAACGUGAGCAAGUUGAGUAAUCUGCAGUCGAGAGUCCUGGACGAUGAACUCCUCAAGUGGAAAAGAGACCAACAAUUAGCAGGAAAUGGUGCGUCCUUCAACAGUAAUUUAGACACGAUUCAGGAAUGGUGCGAGAGUCUUGCUGAAUUGAUUUGGAUGAAUCGUCAGCAGAUUAAAGAAGCCGAGCGUCUGAAACAGAAGGCAGUUCGCGAUCCACCCGGCUUGCAGGAUGUUCUUCCUGCGCUGAACACGCAGAUUACACAGCUCUUGAGUUCGCUGGUGACUAGCACAUUUAUCAUCGAGAAGCAGCCUCCUCAAGUCAUGAAAACCAAUACAAGAUUCACGAGUACUGUUCGACUUUUGGUGGGAGGUAAAUUGAACGUUCACAUGACGCCACCCCAAGUCAAAGUAAGCAUAAUCAGCGAGGCUCAGGCUCUGGCUCUGCUAAAAACUGACACGAAGAUGACAAAGGUGACUAACGAAGCCAGCGGCGAUAUUCUCAAUAAUACGGGAACGAUGGAGUAUCAUCAGGCGACGAGGCAGUUGUCUGUUAGUUUUCGAAACAUGCAGCUGAAGAAAAUCAAGCGAGCAGAGAAGAAGGGGACUGAAUCAGUGAUGGACGAGAAGUUUUCCCUCUUUUUCCAGUCGCAGUUUAGCGUUGGCGGCGGCGAACUUGUGUUUCAGGUCUGGACAUUGAGUUUGCCAGUUGUCGUGAUUGUCCACGGAAAUCAGGAGCCACACGCGUGGGCAACAGUUACGUGGGACAAUGCUUUCGCGGAGCCGGGGAGAGUACCUUUUGUCAUUCCUGACAAAGUUCCCUGGAUACAAGUUGCAGUGGCACUCAAUGUCAAAUUCAAGUCUUCCACUGGACGUUGUCUGACUGAAGAUAAUCUGCGCUUCCUGGCCGAGAAAGCCUUCCGUGGAGCGAAUCCCGGAAAUCAAGAUUAUUCGAGCCUUCUUCUCAGCUGGGCGCAAUUUUGCAAGGAACCUUUGCCUGAGAGGAACUUUACAUUCUGGGAGUGGUUCUAUGCUGUGAUGAAACUUACGAGGGAGCACCUGAGAAGUCCGUGGAUUGACGGGUACAUUCUUGGAUUUGUGCGGAAGAAGCAGGCAGAGGAGAUGCUUACGAACUGUACGUCGGGAACUUUUUUGAUGAGAUUCUCGGAUUCGGAACUUGGUGGUGUGACGAUUGCUUGGGUUGGAGAUACACCUGAAGUGUUUAUGCUCCAGCCUUUUACGAGUAAAGACUUUGCAAUUAGAAGCCUGCCGGACAGGGUUUCUGAUCUGCAGCACUUAUUGUACCUCUAUCCAGAUGUAUCCAAAGAUCAGGCAUUUUCGAAAUAUUACACACCAUUCGCUGAAAAUCAAUCAGUGACCAACGGCUACGUCCGGCCUCUCUUAGUGACACAUGUGCCAGGUUGGGGUGGACCCUCACUCGGUGGACAAACUCCUUCACAUUCUUCGAUUGUGGGAGUAGGCAGUUCAAGUCAUGGACCUGGAGGAAGUUAUCCCAACACGCCAUCCACCAUGUUUCAAGCCCACAGUCCAGAUCCGUCUGUGACACGAGAUACUCCGUCCGUGGCUUCCAGUUACGCUCCGGGUCUUGGCCAGACGGGGACUGGUCGGUCGACUAGUGACAUGGAGUACGUCGACAUGAUGAGCCAAGCAAACGAUUUAUCCGCCAUCGAUGAGAACCUCACCAUGGAACAGAUGAACUUUAACUUCCCCGAUUUCAUCCAGAAUUUUGGCGUCAGGCCGCAAUAGGUACGUUUUUAAACGAUCAUUGCAAAUCAACUUCGAAUUUCGUAAAAACCUCAGUAAGAAAUUUGAAAUCAGAAAGAGACUACUACUACUCUACUAAAUACUUGCGAAUCUGUUACAUAUUUUAUGUCCGGGGUACAUACAAUUAUGCGUGCAAUAUUAUUCGGUCGAGACUGACUAUGUAAUUUGCGGAAAAUGAUGGCUUUGAAUUCGUAAGAUGAUAAUAUAUAAAGAAAUGAGAAUGGCUAUUUGUUAACACUUGCAGCAGUUGACUGAUACAAGUAAUCGAACUUUACUUACAAGCUUUUUUCAUUGCCUUGUACCUACUUGUACAAAUUUUUCUAGAAAGCUGAUGAUUUUUUCUUCUUCGCAUUUUUGGGUUUUAUUUAGUGUUAAAUUAAAUUAUAUUUAAUAAUAGAACUGUACUUAUUGUAAAUUUUAAUUUUGUGUAAAAUUAGAGCUAACAUUUAAAUAUAAUACUGUUAAAUUUAAGAAGGUAUUUUUUUCUAAAUUUUAUAAGAGUAGCCUAUUUUUAUUCCUAAGGACUUUGAGCGUUUUCGACAAUAAAUUAUACGUUUGCAGUUUAGAUUUUAUAAUCGUGCAUUUUUAUAAUUUGCUGUUAUUUGUGAACAAAUUUAUGUUGUAAAAAUCAGUCUUCUAGAAAAUUGAGUGCAAAGUUAGGCCAACCGGAAACGAAGCAGUUACUCGUCACUGAAAGCGAAAAGUUUGUCUUUUUACUGUACAUAUCCCUUAUAAAUAUUCACAAGAAAUGCAGCGAAGCUUUUGUAUCUCAGCUCUUUAUCUUUGAAUUAACGAAUCUUUUGAAUGUGAAUAAGGAAUCGAAAUUACGUGUAAUAUAUCGUAUGGUGUUUUAUGUUACUAGCGCUCUAAUAAUGCCUAGAACAUGAAAUGUGUAAAAUCUGGACGUAAAAUCCUCCUCCUGAGCACAAUAAUGGCACACAAAAAUGCAUAAUUGGUACAAAAGUGUGGAUUAUGCUACAAGAAGAAUAUUUUUCAGACAUGGAUUAAAUAUUUCUGUAAACUUCGAGAAGCACCAAGGAACACAUUAUUUUUUUCUCGUUUAUUAUGGUUACUAGUAAUAUUUGUAAAAAGUACAAAGUUUACACUUUUCUAUUCACCUUACUUGCAUCGCGAUAUUGUAUUUUUAUUGUUGACAUGUUCAUAACACGUAAAUCUAAAAAAAUAUGUAAUGAAACUCUCAGAAACGAGACUUAACAUUAUUUUUUUUUUACAAUUUUCAAAUUUUGUGACUCGUUCUUGUUUUUGAUACGUGAUAACGUGAUAUUAUACACAAAGGAAAUAAGUAAUAACUUUUGUGAUUUAUUACCUGGGAUAACAGAAAAAAUGUGCCUUAUGCAUUUAAUGAUACCGGGAGUAAUCGACUCAGUGAUGGCAUUACGAUUUCGCAUUUUACUCAUGAUGUUUAUGAAUGUUCGAUCGAUGAUCCCUUUAUGCUUAAAAUUAUAUUAAAGUUCUACGUGUAGAAAUAAAAAAACAGCUCUCAGUAUGUUUCGAAGGCUACGUAAGUUUAACUCAGGUCGUUCCUAACUGUAAAAACGAGAAUUUUAACACAUUUUUUAGAUUUAGGACAAUUUAGUUGUUAGUGAACUCUCUUUAAGUCAAAAGUUAAGUGAUUCUUCUAGCCUGGUUAGUGUCUUACGUUUAACUAAUAAAAAAUAUCGAUUUUUGGGCCUACGUUAUCUUAGACUUUACUCAAUUUUAACGGUGACCCAAAGAAGAACAAAAA